AUGAGUGCUCCGGUUGCUACUGAACGUAAAUCAUUUUUACCCUUACGAUUACGAUCAACAACAGUUGUUGGAUCAAGUAACAUACCAACAUCUAUCCCAAUACCCAUGUCAUUGGGUGUACAAAAUGAUUCUAAAAUAUCACUUACAGUUGGCGAUCGUGUAUUAGUAAAUGGCCUUAAAAUCGGUACUCUUCGUUAUAAAGGUACAGUUAAAUUUGCUCAAGGAUUAUUCUAUGGUGUUGAACUUGAUGAACCCGAAGGUAAACAUGAUGGACAAGUGAACGAUUUUCGAUAUUUUCAAUGUAAAACCAAUCAUGGAGUAUUUGUACCCUAUGAUAAAGUUGUAUUAGCACCACGAGAACGUAUAUUACCAACACAUCGAACAAUUAGUCGUUUGAAACCUCCAACAGGAUCACGUGCAAUGACAAUAACAUCAUCGACACCAGUAAAUAAUAGAAUUGAAAUUCCUGUAAAAAUUUCUACAACACAUAUUCAACUACCUGAUAUUAUUCCAAGUCCAUUAACACCUACGCAACCAAUAUCAAUCGUCAAAGAAGUUGAUGAUUCAACUAGCACCGAUGAUUAUGAAGUUAUGACACUAACAGAAGAAUCAAGAAUUAUUUAUAGACCAGUCAUACACCAUCAACCAUUAGCAAUCGAUGAACCUCCAGAAACUAUUGAAGCUGAUUUUACAGAUAGUGUUUCAUUGAUUUUACAUCAACUUCAACAAGAACAACAGAUUUCUUUAAUUCAAUCACAGAGUUCAAUGACAAUUAGUGAAGGAAGUAUAGUUGAUGAUGAUGAAGAUGAUGAUAUUGAUACCGAUGAUUUGGAUAAUGAAAGUAUUGCUGAAUCAAAUAUAAGUGAUCAAAUACAAAUGAUUCGUCGUUUAUCAUCAAUAAAUGAGUCAACAAAAUCCGUUCAAACAGAUUUAUCAUUUGAUAUUAAUGAUAAUAUAUUUAUAUCUCGAAAUAAUUUCUUAGAUUUAAAAUCCUUAUCAAAUUCAAAUCAAUCCUUAGCUAGUUCAACUACAUCUAUUAAUAAAUUAAAAACAAACACAACAGAUAAUAAAAUGAAUACAUAUAAGAAAAGAACAAGUAUACCAACUUCUAUAACAAAUAUAAAACAAGUUGGAAUACCAUUGGCUAAAGUCGCAAUUCGUCUUUAUUUGAAUUUAUACACAACAAAUGAUGGAAGACCACCAAGAAACAUCAAAGUUGUGAUUCAUGGAUGUUUUGAUACAUCAUCAUCAAUAGAUAGUGGUAGUAGUGGAAGAAUCGGUGGUCAAUAUUAUCGUAGUCCAGAUGUACCACAAUUACCAUUUAUUCCUACAGAAUCUCAAGAUCCAUUAUAUGUGAUUAAUCCUAAGGGACCAGCUGAGAAUCAAAUACCAUCAACAUCACUGUUACCAUCCCCAAAUAAACCGAUACCAUUUUCUCGUAAACCUGGUCAAUGUUUCGAACAAAUUCUUAUCAUUGGUGGUUCACACAUAACAAUGAUUCGAUCACGUAAUCCAUUACAUCAAAUAGUCGGACCAGAGAUAAAUUUUGGUGGUACUGGUUAUACAUUUUCAUUACCAAGUGAUACUUAUGAAUUUGAAGUACAUUUUGUUCAACCAUUUACAAUGAAAUAUGUUUUCAUACCAUAUUCAGCUAAUGUAGAAAGUUUUAAAGUAGAAGCGUCACAUGCUGGGAUGUUAGCUGUAUUUACUUCUAAGAAUACAAAUGACGGUUUAGUUGUAGAUGGUUUUCCUACAAUGUUAAUUUCUAUGUUAGUUAUUACAAUUACUCAUACUACGGAUGGAUAUUUACCAAGUCAUAUUACAUUUAGUAUUGGAGUAUGUAAUCCGAUAUAUUCACCAUCGAAUGAAGGUAAUGAAAUUCCUGAAAUUACUGAUUGUACAUCUCAAUUACGUUUAUUUGGAAAUCCUAAACAAGUAACUCGAGUAGAUAUCAAAACUCUGAAAAAACAUAUGAAAGCUACUAAUUUAAUAAAUCCAAAUCAAAAUGGAAUGGAAUUUCUUACUGUAGAAACACAUACAAUUGAUAUCGUAUUAACAUCAACAUUAGCAAUUGAUUCAAUAACAUUUCAUUCGUUAAGUAAUAUUGAUAGUUUUAUAAUUCAACUUCAUCAUUCACAUCGAUAUUAUCUUGAAAUAACAUCUAAUAUUGGUUCGAAAAGUAUUAAUAAACUUGGCAAUGUACAAGCUAAUUUAAUACGGAUUAUUAUUCUUGGUACAGAAGAUGGUUUUCCGCCAAAUCAUAUAUCACUUAAAAUAGCUGCUUGUGUUCCAACACGUUUACCAAAAAUAAUGGCAAGUCCAUUUAAAAAUGGACCAUUGGGUCCAAUAUUACAAGACUCAUUUCAACCACCACCCUCUGUAGAAAUAUCCGCUACUGUAGAUGUACAAUUAAUUCAAGAGCCUCAAAUACAAAUAUUACCAUCACCGAUCCUUGUCGCACCAAUUAUUGAAUAUGUACCAUCGAUUAAUUCACCUCCACAAUAUGUAGAAAAUCAAAUUCCAGUAAAUGUUAUUCAACCUGAAACUAAUCUAGAGGUAUAUAAUAUAUUGUUAUAUCGUGGAGAUUACUUCUUCUAA